AGUAGCCAUACGCACGAACCAAGGUUGCAAUUCCUUUAUGUAGCCAAGGAGCUUCUUGCCACAUGAAAAGCUCUCGUAGUAAGCCAGAGAAAAGAAGGGAACAAAAGAGAUGGUCUUCUUUUUGGAUAUCCUCACCUUGUCAGACUUUUCUUGAUCACCUUGAACAGCCUAAGGUCAUCAUCAUGUUAGUCCAAGAGCUGUCCGUUCCAUUGACCAUCGGCGCAGCAGUUGGUGUGUUUGCUGCCUAUGUGGUCGCUCGAUGCAUAUACGAUCUGUUUUUUCAUCCGUUGCGUAAAUUUCCCGGUCCCAAACGGGCAGCCAUAUGGUCUUUCUACGAGUUUUAUUACGACGUCAUUAAAGAUGGCACUUAUCUCUGGGAAAUUCAGAAGAUGCAUGAAAAAUAUGGCCCGAUUAUUCGCAUCAACUCCAGAUCUCUGCAUAUCCACGACCCGGAAUACUUCAACAUCAUCUACGCUGGCAGUGGCCGCAAGGUUAACAAAGAACUGUCAGCCGUGGGUGGCUAUACAUUCCCGCAUUCCACUAUCUCUACUCUCGAUCAUGACCUCCACCGCAAGCGUCGUGCCAUUGUGAGCCCAUACUUUUCCAAAAGGGCCAUUGCGGACAUUGAGCCUGCCAUCCACGAGCGUAUCGAUGCAUUGAUCUCCCGUCUCGCAGAAGCAAAAGGAAGCACCAUCGACCUGACCUGUGCCUUUUCUGCCUUCACUGCAGACGUUGUCACCUACCACUUUUAUGGCUCUCAUGCAAACUAUAUCAGCAGCAAGGACUUCAAGUACGGGCUGAAGGAUGCUCUGACUGUCUUGUUAAAUCUAUAUAACCUCACACGCUUUCUGCCCAUCCCUGCAACUACACUCAAGAGCCUCCCGUUGCCGAUCCUCGGGUUGAUCAACCAGAAUUUCCCCCUGGUCGUGUCGGCGCGAGAGGGGAACAAGAAGAUGGUUUUGAACUAUCCUAACAGCUCUGAUGAGGAGAAAAGGGCUAUGAAAGACGCUAGGUCCAAAUCUGUGAUUGUGAGCGCAUUGACGGAUCCCAGCGUGCCCGAUGAGGAGAAAACACUGGAUCGUCUGUUGGAUGAGGGCGAGACCAUCAUUUUUGCUGGAAUUGACACCACUGCUAGAACGCUGUCUGUUGCAUUGUUCCACUUGCUCAAUAAUAAGAAAGUGCUAAUGAAGCUGCGGAAAGAAUUGGAGGCUGUUGCAAAGCCGGAUGGCCAGCAAUGGACCACAACAGAGCUUGAGGCUGUGCCCUACAUGAGAGGUGUCGUCCAGGAAGCAAUUCGACUUACUUACGGUCUAGUCGUGCGCAUUCCAAGAAUCUCCCCCCAAGAAGCUCUGCAAUACAAGGGUUUCGUAAUUCCACCUGGAACACCAGUCAGCCAGUCAACCUACCUGAUCAACAAUGACUCUUCCGCAUUCCCAAAUCCUCAAGUCUUUGACCCGGAACGUUGGGUCAAGGCAGCACAAGACGGUGUCAACCUCGACAAAUAUAUGGUCAGCUUCAGCAAGGGCAGCAGAGCCUGUCUUGGUAUCAACCUGGCAUAUGCAAAACUCUACCUCGGUAUCGCAAGAGUUGCAACAUCGUUGGACAUGGACCUGUUUGAAACAACACAAAAAGAUAUCGAUGUGUACCAUACGCGAGGUUUCGCCUUUCCUAAGGAAGGUGACGGUGCAGUCAAGGUAAGGAUUACGGGCGUGCGCAAGUAAGCACUAAGUAAGCACUCAGCAUCAAGCUACAUUUUUGGCGCUAUGCAGAGGUCGCUAGCCCCGCGUGUUCCAGGAUCUAGAUCUAUCGACGAUGAUCGCCGUUUGUGGACGAGCUCACGGCCCGCCAACUGCUGACCGCACGGGCCAACGGUAAGCUGCUUACUCGAAACAUUGAGGGACUGAAAAUUGUUUUGGGACGAGUAUAUAUAAAAUUGGAUGUGGAAGAAGGAUUUCGCAAUGAGGGAAUUGAGUUUGAUGUUCAAAGACAGCUUGUUCCCGUACUUUUUUCUUCGCCCCAACGCUGUAGUGGCUGUGGGAUAGUUGGACAUACCAUUCGAAUUGCCCUAGUAAACAGCUAUUCUUCUUCCAGGAUAAAUACUAACAAACUUUCAAAUACGAUUUGAAUACAAACCAAAAUUACAGCGCGCCGCUGUUUCUGCAGUUUGGGGCCGUUUUUCAAGUCCGGAUGACCAGUCUA